AACUAGCGUUUUAUUUUAUUUCAUCGUGCCUUUUGAAUGGGCUAGAUGGAGGUUAGAUUUGUUUUGAAUAGAAAUCAAAAUUCACUGAUAUACUCUCUUGUUUAAUAUUCAACACGUGCUUUCUUUUUUAUAUAUAUUUAAUAUGUUAAUUAUUAGCUUAUGCAAAGUAUUAUCUUACUAGUUCCAAAUAACAAAACACGUGAUAUUACUUGCAGGUUAAAGGCUAAUGAAGACAAUGGAGAUGAUGAAACACAGUCAAAAGAUAAUCAAAAAACUGAGAAAGAUUCACUACCUCCUAUAGAAAUUAAUCCAAAUGAGCACAAAUUACAAUAUGCAUAUGCAUUAUGGUAUAGUCGACGCAGUCCUGGUAAACAACCAAGUAUACAAAGUUACGACCAAAAUUUAAAAUUGGUUGGUAGGUUUGCAAGUGUGGAGCAGUUUUGGAGUCUUUACAGUCAUUUAGUCCGGCCAUCAGAAUUAACAACAUCUACAGAUUUUCAUCUUUUCAAAGUUGGCAUAAAACCAAUGUGGGAAGUAUGUGGUAAAUGGAUAGUACGAUUAAGAAAAGGUUUAGUUUCUAGAUGUUGGGAAAAUCUUAUAUUAGCUAUGUUAGGAGAACAAUUUAUGGUUGGAGAAGAGAUAUGUGGAGCUGUUGUAUCUAUAAGGUUUCAAACUGCAUCUGAUUAUGCAACAACAGCACGUAUUAGAGAUACAUUAAGGAGAGUUUUACAUCUUCCAGCAAGUGCCUCAAUGGAAUACAAAACUCAUAAUGAAAGUUUAAAGAAUGUUCAUCGGCUCUAA